AUGAACGCACUCAUCACGCAUUUCGCUAGUUCGACGAACACUGUCUCCAGUCAACCCGGUUCCAGCGACAGUUUGAAUGACGGUUCAGCACCUCAAAGAAGUCCCGGUACUAUGGAUCUUCCAGUGGCGCUUAACCCUACCCCCACAGAUAUUGCGCGUACCGGGGAAACGCCUACCCCUGUCGUGAACUCGGCUCCCACCGGAAUUGGCUCGGACACGGCGAACAAAGCUAGUCCUUCAUCUGCCAGUGAACAUCGUAUGACUCGCGGUCCAAUCUGUCAAAACGAUUGUAACUGUGUAUGUCAUCGGGACCCAAGUGAAGGGCCGCACUAUGCGGUAAUAGUUGGACGAAACACGGGUGUAUUUCGUGAAUGGAGUGAAGUUCAGCCACUUGUCACAGGCAUACCAGCUUGUUACACAAAAUAUCCCUCUCGCGUUGAGGCUGAUGCAUCCUAUGUCGAUGCUGUGAUGAACAACCGCGUGAAAAUGAUUGGUCCCAGCUAA